CCCUCAGACGGACCCCCCUCAGACAGACGUAGCUUAGAGAAGUUUGGCAAGACAUGAACGCUACUUGUCUUGCAGUUAUUUUAGUUGUUUGCAAGUACGCUCUCUGUAAAGAGUCACACGUCUUUGAUGGAGAUGUUGUUAAUUUCGCUGUUGGGGUCGAUACACUGUUCGUCCUCACAGAUACUCAGCUUCACCAGAUGCGGCUCGACCUCAAUCUAGAGACGCGGAAAGAAAUAUCAAAUGCAACAAUUUCAAACAAACUAGAAGUACUAGUUCCUUUCGUCUAUAACGGCACCUUGAUAACAUGUGGAUCAUACGACUGUGGAUACUGUGAAAUUCUUGACAUAAACAAUAUUUCCAAGACGAUACACAAGGAAACCAUCGGCUUUGGAGCAUACCCAAGCAUCGCGGUCAUUAUUGGCCAUGGAGAUGAUAAAUACUUAUUGGUGGGCAAAAAUGUAGACAAGUCUAAAUAUGACUUCAGUGAUUCGGUAACAUUGCGCAACACAAGAGAUGGACAAAUUGGGGGAAUUUUCUCUAAAACAGAUGUCCAUGGCACGCCGUUCGCAAGCAUUCAGCACAUUAGUGAGACAGAAGUUGAGUUUGUCGAUUGCUUCCAGCAUAUUGCGUCCUCACAGGUGUGUCUAUUUUUGAAUGAAAGGAGGGGUUCCAAUUCGACAGUGAAGCUUUUGAGCCUCGACAGUAACUUCACCAAGAACGGAGAAUACACCAAAGAGGAUAUAUUUACAACUCUCCAAGGUGCCGUCCUGCAGUGCUCUGAAAGCGACGCAGGCAGACAGUGGAAGCUUCUGUCCUCCGCGGUUAUUCCAGGGGAGUCGCCCGCCCUCUGGGCAGGUGUCUUUCAGGUCGAGACGAAUCCCGGAGAAACCGUGGUGGCGAUGUUCGACAUCAGCCGAAAGCGCACAGGAUAUGUUUCAGGUUUCUGUAUCACAGGUGGCGAGUGUCAAGAGCAAGAAGAGCCUCAGGUGCUUAAGGCAGCUGCUGCAGUGUUCAGGGACAGUUCCAUCACAUCUGUUGCUGCUUUGAAGAGCAACUCCUGGAUUGUUCUUUUCGUUGGCACGGGAACUGGACUGCUGAUCAAGGUUGCUAUAGACGAGUCUCUCAAACCUGGCUGCCCCACUGUGUUGUACAAUUCAGAGGAGGAUUGGACAUUUUUACCCAAAAUGCUCUUUGCUCCUGUGAAUCCCACAGACAUUUAUGUGGCUCAGGGAAACCAGAUGAUAAAGGUACCUGUGGCCAGAUGUGGUGUGUAUGAGACUCUGGGGGAGUGCUGGUCGGCCCUGGACCCCUUCUGUGGCUGGUGUGUGUCUCAGAGCAGGUGCUCGUUCCAGCACGACUGUUCCAGCUCUGACUGGGUCUCGGUUCCUGGGACGUCCCCGCUGAGGGACAUUAUGUCUGUCCUCAUGGUCAGAAGCAGCACAGGGCAGGACAUCACAGUGACCGCUGCACCCAACCUGAACGGAGGCAUCCGUUUCUCAUGUGCUUUAGAGAAGUGUGACAGUCCGGGCCCCUCCAACUGCUCCUGCAGCUUCUCUAGUGAGAGCUUCCCUGCUGAAGGACUCAGCCUGAGGGUUACCAUCACAGUCCAGACGGAGUUGCUCACUAAGGACGUGCUUUUGAAAAACUGCUCCAGCAUCACAGGAACGCCAACUUCUGCUUUGUGUAUGGAGUGCUUGUCUGCUGGGUGUGUGUGGUCCCUCUCAGGUGAUGCUUGUACCUGGAGAUCGGCAUCCUCAGAGAACUCAACCAGUGCACAGGAUGUUUGCCAAAACUACACCUCGGGUCAGAACUACUCGACACCAGAGAUUUGGUCUCUGAUACCAGAGAGGGUCUCGCUCCAUGGUGCAUGCUAUGCUCUGAUAACUGGAAGGAACCUGGAAUCAGUCACAAAGAUCCUCUUCCAAGGACUGGACUGCAACCCAAAGGAGUCCCCGGUGUUGUCCCGUUCAGGUAACUCCAGCUUUGUGGAGUCUCUGACAUUCCACAUUCCGAGCGGAACCAAAGGCACAGUGAGAGUGUGUUUGUUGACGCCGGAUGCCCAAUGCCAUGGCAACGCCAAACUCUCCUACGAUUCCCAGAAUGCAUCAUGUGACCUCCUGCUAGACUCCUGGUUCCUGACUCUUCUUCCUCACUGUUACAAAGUUGUUCUUCUCCUCGCUAUUACAUUCUACUUGCUGAAGGCAAAGCCCCUUGGUAAUGAGGGUGAGAACACAUCUGCACGCUACACCAGUGGAACCUCCUAACCAGGAGUCUAUAACUAACUCCUGAUUCUGAUCAGCCCUGAGGAAAUGGCGCCCUCUUCCUGUGAAGCUGGUAUUACUCGAUGAGCCUCACAUCAGCCCCUCUGCUCCAGUGGAAACAAUGAGCCUGGAGGAACCUUAUUGUUCAUUUCAGCUCUAGCUUUUGCUUAUUUUAUGGAUUUUAUGUGUUCUUCAGCUUGCAAAUGCAUGCAGCAGUAAAAUAAUAUUUUCAGUCAUUUUAAAGAAUAUUGUUAAUCAUUUUAAAUAAUAUUGUCAGUUAUUUUAAAGAAUAUUGUUAGUGAUUUUAAACACCCACUCAGACAUUGUAUUACCAGGAACACACAUGUUCUGUCAGAAUCUGACACCCCACAGAAAACAGCAAUGAUAUUAUUAUUUUAUAGGAUAUUAUUGAGCAUGCCGAAAAUGACACAUAUUGAAGAUCAGUACAUGGUUUUGAAGUGGGACAGAUUGAACUAGCUCAUAUUGAAAAGUGUUUGAUGAAGACCAAGAAGGGUGGAAUGUUUCUUGUUUAUUACCCAUUACAUUCAAUGGGAGCUAAAACGCAGUGUUGUGGACAUUCCAUUCUUUUUUUAUCCUGCACCUGCCAAAAUGUGGGAUGUGCACACGGCUACUCUUUGUGUGUGUGUGUGUGUGUGUGUGUGUGUGUGUGUGUGUGUGUGUGUGUCCACCUUUCAGGUGAAAACCUAGAGAGUAAAUAUAAUAAUGUCAAGAACAAAUUAGCCUGUUAGAAAUCGAAAUGGACGUGAAAAGUGUUUAAACACGUCGUAUUUGACCAUCACUGUGGAGAUGCCCGUAAUACAAGUAAACAGCACAGUGUGUGUGUGUGUGUGUGUACGUAGGUAAGAACAA